CAGACUGGAGUUAGACGUGCAAUGCUUCUGUAAAUACUGAGACAUUCACUUGCAAUGCAGACCUGGCAGUUCUGAAGCUGGGAGCCCUUCCUCUGCCACCAGUGCCAGCCUCUGCCCUUCCCUGUAGGAUCCAGCAGGCAGGUCACACUCACUGACUCGCUCACCCAGGGCUUGUGUGGUUGCCUGGACAUCAGGGAGAUGGAGGAUUCCUGGCUCCGUGAGGUCACUGCCGCUGCUUGGCUUCGCCAUUUUCCUCAUUUCUCUCCACGUUCACCGGCUGGACUCAGAGCUCCUGGAAAAAAUCAUAGCCAGUGUGGUACAGGCUGUCCGACACCAUCUGUGAUUUGGGGGACAUGUCAUAAACAUAAGGAGAGUUUCAAGGUGAUUGGACCCGAUCACCCCAUCAGGGCCCUUGUGGGAGAAGACGCUCUGUUACCCUGUCACCUCUCCCCCAGGAUGAGCGCUGAGAGCAUGGAGGUGCGCUGGUUCCGAUCCACGAUCUCUGCAGUUGUCCAUCUCUAUCAGGAUGGGAGAGAUCAGGUUGGCCAACAGGUCGAACCGUAUCGAAGCAGGACGAAGUUACUGAAGGACGGUAUUGCUAAUGGGACUGUCUCCUUGAGGAUACACAAUAUCACUCCCUCUGAUGAAGGGACAUACGUCUGCCUCUUCCAAUCACCCACCUUUUACGAAGAAGCUGUGUUGGAACUGCAGGUGGCUGGUCUGGGUUCCACGCCUCACCUUUCUGUCGAUGGCUAUCAGGCUGGAGGGAUCCAUGUGGUGUGUGAAUCAGCUGGAUGGUAUCCGGAGCCCAAAUUGCUGUGGAGAGACCUCAGUGGGCAGCGACUAGCACCAGUGAGGGAGAAAAUAUCCCAGCAGGCUGACGGGCUGUUUGAUACUCACAUUGCUGCUAUUAUAACAGACACUUCGAACCAGAACCUGUCCUGCUCUGUCCUCAACCCCCGUCUCGGCCAAGAGAAAACAGUGAAGAUGCACAUAGCAGAUGUGUUCCUUCCAAGGACCUCUCCCUACCAGGUGGCUCUGUCAGUGACCCUGGCUGGUGUGGUUUUUUUCAUCCUCUUGGCCAGUUACUGCUUCUGGAAGCAGCACAGAGCAAAAGACACUCAGCAAGCUGAACUGAAGAAAAAGAUACAAAAUCUGCACUCUGAACUGGAGAAAGAGAGAGAUAUUCUGCGAGCUGAGCUGGAGAACGAGAGAGGCUGGAGUAAAGUCAGCAAAAAUGCAGCGAUGGUGAGUCUGGAUCCGGACACGGCGCAUCCCAGCCUCAUGGUCUCUGAGAAUCGGCGAUCUGUGAAAUGGAGGGGCCUGCAGCAGGAUGUGCCUGACAACCCCGAGAGAUUUGACAGUGAAACCUGCGUGCUGGGCUCGGAAGGAUUCACCUCAGAGAGACACUACUGGGAGGUAGAGGUUGGGGGCGGUAGGACCUGGGCUGUGGGGGUGGCCAGAGAAUCUGUCAGGAGGAAGGGCUGGAUUAGCUUUUCUCCUGAGGAGAGGAUCUGGGCUGUGGAUCAGUGUGGGAGCCAUUACCGGGCUCGCACCUCCCCAGAGACCCUCCUGCCCCUGACCAGGAGCCCCGGGAAGAUUGGAGUGUAUCUGGACUAUGAGCGGGGCGUGGUGUCAUUUUAUCAUCCUGGUAUAGAGGCCCCAAUCUACAUUUUCACCUCCUCUUUCACUGGGAAGCUCCACCCUUUCUUCUGGGUCUACUCCCCAAUCACGCUGUAUCCUUAAGAUAUGGCAUUGUGGGGAUAGCACCUCUCACUGGUCAAAGACGUUUUUUGUUCUGUUGUUUUUCCGAAAUAGACUAAUUUUUCAUUUUUAAAUAUUUUCCAUUAAUUUUUUAUUCUUUGCAAAACUUGGACUUUUCCAGAAUGAAUAUUUUCAGUUUUGAAAAUCCUACCAUUUGACUAAAGCUGAGGGCUCAAAAUUGGCAAAGCAGAAGAAAUUCUGAUAUUAUGGUGAUGAGUGUGGUGUAAGAAGCUACAUAGAAUAGAACAGAACCCAAUAAACAAUACAUCAUAGGACCCCUCCACCCAAAUAAAAGAUUUAAGUUGGAAAUUUUGUAAUAAUGCAAAAAAAAAAAAUCUCAAGAAAAUCCAAAUAUUUUCACAAAAAAAUCUCUUUUUGUAAAUGGACCAAAUUUCCUCAAGAUAUUUUUUGAAUGAAAACUUUUGUUCAGUUCUAAUUAACACCUGUAAUUGCACAUAAUCAAUGAAUGUUUCCUGAUUCUUAGUACUGUAAUUUAUCAACUGACCAUCAUUGAUGAGUGGAAGGGGUAAGAACAUGUGUCAAACCCUGUCCCAAAACAUCACAUUAUCCAAACUGGAUAAAAGGCUCCAAGAAAGCUGAUUCCUAACCAGUAA